AUGGACGAAGACGACGAGAACGAGGAGGAUACGCGCAGCAAGAGCAUCAGAAUGAAAGCGAUCCCGUCCCCCCCAGGAGGGGGAGCCGGCCGUGGCUGCCACAACAAGGGGAAGCAGCCGGCGCUGGAAUCCAACCCGGGCGAGCAGGAAACGGCGGUCAGCAUGAAGUGCAACACCAACGGGGAUUGCAGGGUGGCCCAGGGAAGCCAGUCGUCCAUCAGCCGGGCGGCUGAGGGCGAGGAGCGGAAGGUCGCGAUGGAGGGAGGCGGCUCCACCCGCAGCGAGGACAAGAGGGAGAGCAAGGUGGCUUUCUCGGCGGAGCCGCCCAGCAGAAAAUCCUCGCAGUUCCAGCAGCGCGGCAGGAACUCCGUCAGCCUGCUCAAGUCCGAGGGGGCCGAGCAGAUCUUCCCCGAGGAUGCCGAGCAGAACGGCAGUCAGGCCAGCUUCAUGCAGCGCCAGUUCGGGGCGAUGCUCCAGCCGGGAGUUAACAAGUUUUCCCUGCGGAUGUUCGGCAGCCAGAAGGCUGUGGAAAGGGAGCAGGAGAGAGUCAAAUCGGCUGGCGCCUGGAUUAUCCACCCUUACAGUGAUUUUCGGUUUUAUUGGGAUUUCACAAUGUUGUUGUUUAUGGUUGGAAAUCUCAUCAUUAUCCCAGUAGGAAUCACCUUCUUCAAGGAAGAAACCACCACUCCAUGGAUUAUCUUUAAUGUUGUGUCCGACACUUUCUUCCUCAUGGAUUUAGUCCUAAACUUCAGAACUGGAAUUGUUAUAGAAGAUAACACUGAGAUCAUACUGGAUCCACAGAAAAUUAAGAAGACAUAUUUAAAAAGCUGGUUUAUUGUAGACUUUGUCUCCUCAAUCCCCGUGGAUUAUAUAUUUUUGAUAGUAGAAAAAGGAAUCGAUUCAGAAGUUUAUAAAACUGCUAGAGCACUACGAAUAGUGCGGUUUACAAAAAUUCUCAGUCUUUUACGAUUAUUGAGACUCUCCAGGUUGAUAAGGUACAUUCAUCAAUGGGAGGAGAUCUUUCAUAUGACCUAUGACCUUGCCAGUGCAGUGAUGCGAAUAUUUAACCUUAUUGGAAUGAUGCUUCUCUUAUGCCACUGGGAUGGAUGCCUACAAUUUCUUGUGCCAUUGCUUCAAGAUUUUCCAAAUGAUUGCUGGGUUUCUUUAAAUAAUAUGGUGAAUGAUUCCUGGAGUGAGCUCUAUUCUUUUGCACUGUUUAAGGCAAUGAGCCACAUGCUCUGUAUAGGCUAUGGCCGCCAAGCUCCAGAAAGCAUGUCUGACAUCUGGCUAACAAUGCUAAGCAUGAUAGUUGGUGCCACUUGUUAUGCCAUGUUUAUUGGUCAUGCGACUGCCCUAAUCCAAUCUUUGGAUUCAUCGCGCCGUCAGUACCAAGAAAAGUACAAGCAAGUGGAGCAGUACAUGUCUUUUCACAAGUUACCUGCUGACUUCCGGCAAAAGAUUCAUGACUAUUAUGAACAUCGUUACCAGGGGAAAAUGUUUGAUGAGGACAAUAUCCUGGGAGAGCUAAAUGAACCGCUUAGAGAGGAAAUAGUGAAUUUUAACUGCAGGAAACUGGUAGCCUCUAUGCCACUUUUUGCCAAUGCGGACCCAAUUUUUGUGACAGCAAUGCUGACCAAGCUGAAGUUUGAAGUGUUCCAACCUGGAGAUUACAUCAUCCGAGAGGGGACGAUUGGAAAAAAGAUGUAUUUUAUCCAGCAUGGAGUGGUUAGUGUCCACACAAAGGGCAACAAGGAAAUGAAACUAUCAGAUGGCUCAUACUUUGGAGAAAUCUGUUUAUUGACAAGAGGCAGGCGAACUGCCAGUGUGCGUGCUGAUACCUACUGUCGUCUGUAUUCUCUCUCUGUGGAUCAUUUUAAUGAGGUAUUGGAAGAAUACCCCAUGAUGCGAAGAGCCUUUGAGACUGUGGCCAUCGACAGACUGGAUAGAAUAGGAAAGAAAAACUCUAUUUUGCUGCACAAAGUCCAGCAUGAUUUAAACUCGGGUGUCUUCAACAACCGUGAGAAUGAGAUUAUCCAGGAGAUUGUGAAGUAUGAUCGAGAGAUGGUUCAACAAGUGGAACUUCAAAGGCCUCUUGCCAUGUCCCACACACCUCCAUUUCAUGGAGGCUCCAUGUUCAAUUCCCAAGGCCAACUUGCUAACAAUUCGGCAAUUGCUACUCUCCAGCAGGCUGUAGCUAUGAGCUUCUGUCCUCCAUCUACAGGCCUUUUUAUUGGGUCUGUAGGUGUGCAAUCACCUAGGACAGUCAGGCGGUUACAGCCUGUUCAGAGUGCAGCAAGCCCACUUUCAGUGUCUCCUGGUCAACAAUCGCAGACACAACAACAAGUGGCUUCAGUUUCGCCAUAUCCUUCUGCUGUCUCCAGUCCUCCAAACCAAAGCCCUCUAACAAACCGAACUUUCCAAUAUGGAUCACAGGCUCAAUCAGGCUCGCAGCUGUCACUAACACAGCAAAAAGCACCCAGCCCUCCCCAGCGUCCUGCAGCUCAUAAGAGCACACAGGCACUGCAUACGAGCAGCUUAUCCCAAGAGGCAAGACCACUGUCUGCUUCCCAACCCUCAUUGCCUCAUAAUAUUUCCCAGACAGUAACCUCAAGUCCACCACAAUCAACCAGAGAAUCAACAUCAUCAAUAGGAGGUCAGAUGUCUGUGCAACCAAGUACAGGAGCUCUCCAAGGAUCGAUUCGAGGACCUGUCCCACCAAGGAUGACCCUGACACAUCAAAUGUCCACAGGUGCAAUGUUUCAAGUGUCACCAAUGGCCGGUGCACAACAGGACUCAAGUGUUCCCAAGAAAGAUUCUGUUGUAUGUGUUACAGAAAAGGACACAGGCAAAUCAAGGCUUUCCUCCAACUUGUGA